AAAAAUACAGAUUGUUAUGAAAACUUGAAAUCGGCCCUAAUUCAUCAGCCAUUCCGAUUAAUCUGUCGACCUCUAAUACGGUAUAAUAUCUCAUGGCUGUCAGCCAAUCAGCAUUCAGGGCUCAAACCACUCUGUUUAUAAUAAGUAUGCACUAUGGCUUAGCAGGUGGGGAAUUGGAUACAUGACCAUGAUGUUUCUGCUUCAAAUCCCUAUUGGGUCACAGCUGUAAUAAGGCUGGAGUAGAGAUGUGUUGUUAUCUUGCUGACAGGUGGUUGACUGGAUGAUGAACACAGGAUAUCUUGGGUUUAAACAAUGCCUCGAGUUGUAAAAUGUGCUGCAUGUGUUUGCAAUGAAACAUUUACUUUGUCAUGCAUUAACUUUGUCAGCUAAAGUUAGGAGAACCUUUAUCACUGAGUGAGUAAGAGACAGAAAAUGUCUGACAGGCAAUAGAAUGAGCCCUUUAGCUCAGAUGCUGUCAACAGGACUGGUGCUCCCUGAACUCACUUUGAUCUGUGUACUCUGUCCUUUUAGAAGCAGUCUAAUGGAGAAUGCAAAAGCACUUUUACUCGAAGGGCUCACAACCACUUUAUUUGACUUUUAGAUGUUGAUGGGAUGAAAGAAACCUUGUCAGUUAUGCAUGACCAUUUCCUUUUCUCGCUUCGUUUUUUCCCCCUCUAAGAAUGUUAUUUUUCUGCUUAAAUAAAGCAGUGGCCUCUGAAUGAUAAUGCCUUUUUUGAUGCAUUUUUAUCCAGGAGAACAUUUUGGGAGUAGCCUAAUGGAAGGUAUUCUGAUACUCGUCUCUUAGUUUCCGCCGGUAAAGCAGUGACUGCAUUUCCCCCCGAGGUUCCUCUGUUUGUUCGCUCUGUGCCUUUUCUCCUCUGCCCUCCUUUGACAUAUGCGGAGUAAUGAAGGUUUGUUGUGAAUUUGGUAUUCUUUUCAAAAUGAAGUCCGACCAUCGAGAGAAGCUUUUAGCUUUUCAGCUGUGUGUGAUCACAUGAGGGAGGCUGUGCUGGGUGGUUUUGAAGUGGGGCUGUCAAAGUAUGAGAGGAGAGGCAGACCGGGGUGAGAGGUGGGGUGGAUCUCUUCAAGCGCCUGACUAGAAUGAAAGCCACGUUGUUCCUCCCCUUUGAGGUGGAGGUAAUUCUGUUUCUGCAGCCAGUCACUGCGCUCUGUCUCCUGCAUCUGACUCACUUAAGCUGGCCUGUGGCCCUAGAGGCAGUGGCAGAAAUGAAAACAAUCAGCCAAAGAACUGUAGAAGAAAAGUGGAAGAGAGGUAGGAUAAAGAAAUGAAGCCUCUCUGAGACAGCUGCGUGCAAGGCAUUCACUUCAAUUGAAAUUUCAGCGGUGCAGUUUAUUUUGGCCGGGAAUAUAAAGUAGUAUUUUGAUUUGCUGACACAAAAAUGAUCGUUCCGUACUAUCGGAUGUUGCAGGUAGGCCUAUGCACCUAUAGUAUCUAUAGGGGCUAGAAUAUAGUACCCCACUUAGGCCUGGUGUUCAGAAUGAUAACUAAGAUCAAAGAUACUGGGGGAAACACUUCAUACACAAACACACCUUUGUGUGUGUGUGUGCCAAAGCUAUUUGGGAGAACAAGCUACUUUUGGAUUUUCGCUCAUGAUCAAUACCACCAUCAAUUCAUAGAGCAAUUCUAGAGUCUCUGAGGACCGAGCUAUUGACUGGGUACAGGAUGCAGCUGGCAGCAACAGCAGACUGUGUAAAUGGACUGUGUUAUUGCAACAGACAGGGCAAUAUGGAGAACAGUGAAGAGCCAUCCUAGCGUCUAAAGGGGAGUGGGGAAGUUGGUUUGAUGUUAAGUGAUUUUAUAUUCUUAGAUAUGUAGUGUCCGCAGUUCAAAGGGGUUGCUGAGUUUGACUAUGGUAAUACGGGCCUGAGGUGGAAACGGUUUCAAAAAUAAAUAAAAAAUAAAUGAAAAGAUUUCUGCUUUAAGAAGGAAAGUGGAGAGCAUGCAUGUAUUGGAGGGAGAGCACAGGGAAACCCCUGAGGGGGAGAACUCCAUCAGCGUGGUUCCCCCGAGGUCCAAGCGGCUAUAGAACCCCCAGAAAGCUGCAGCCAUGUUAGCCUGCCUACAGAGACGGCAGCAGAACCUCUCAUCUCAGCACCUGAUCUGUACCCCCAAGAUCCUGGGGAGUCCACAGCAGCCGCAGCCCAACACACGACAAAGAGAGAUGAGAGCUGUGGUGAGGGAGGAUGAGUUCACCUUGGCCUAUUUAUCUACCUCUGGCUGGCUGGAUGACUGGCUGACUGAUUGGCCUGCUGAAGAGAACCAUACAGGGUUGAUAUCUCCCCCUCAGAUCUGUGUGGAUCCUGUGGGUCUUAUCACAGGUGAGCUGUCCUCCAUGAAUGGCCCCCGGUAUCCAUCCCCUGCAGAGCUGGAUGCCUUUGCCCAGAAGACGGCCAGCAGUCCCCUGUCCAUCAAGAUCUUCCCAUCCAACAUCAGAGUGCCGCAGCACAAACAGCUGAACAGGACUGUCAACGGCCUGGACACCACAUGCACCCAGCACUACAGUCCCUACUCAGGAGGCUACCAGGGCCUACUGGGUGUUGUAAAGUCCACCGUCUCCGUAGUCAAAGGCGUGCUGAAAAACUCUGAGGGCAAGAGGACUAAACAUUCCCCUGCCCAAACUGCAGUGGCACCAUACAACCCUCUCAGUAACAACAGACACGGGCAGCAGAAGAGCUACCACAUGGGCUCCUGCAAGCCUCCUGACGGGCCCAAAAUGGCUGUUCCCUCUAAUAUCAUUGUUGCUGCCUCUGUCAUCCCCACCCCAGUAGGACAGACUCUGGCCUCUCAGUCGGACCUGGACGUCCAGAGCCUACUGAGGCAGAUGAACAGACACUCCCACAGCCAGGCCCUGCAGCACGGGGGAGAGGCCCAGCCAAGCCCCUCACGCCAGGCUGUGGCUGCUGUGGCCAGCUCAGACUCUGGCUUUACCUGGGGAGUGGUGCCCCAGAGCAGCCUAGCGUACUCCGGGGCUGUGCUGCCCACCCAGAGCGCAGACAUGGCCCAGGCUGGCUACUUGGAGAGAGUGGACUAUAGCAUAUGGCAGCACCACCAACAGCAGCAGCACUACCAACAGGGGGCGCUAAGGAUGUACAACAAUGCUCGGAUGGGCAGCGGGGGAGGGGCCGUGGUCAGCCGCUCUCCAGAGACCUGUCUCCCUUUGGCCUGCUCAGCACAGCUCUCCUAUAGGCGCCAUCCCCUCAGUGCAGGCACUAACGGGGCAGGGAUUGGGCAGGACCGGGUUAGCUCCUCCCCUCUGAACUGUGCUGCUAUGCAUGGGGAGUUCUCUGUGGGCCAGUACUUCGCCCCUCCCUGGAACAGUGUUCUGGUCACCCCGGACAGUGACUGUUACAACCCUCAGGAGCUGGUGCCUGGUUCCUCUAUGGGCCGGGCCAGAGACAUGGGGUUCUCCCAACCCCACCCUCACCCUCACCAUCACCCCAACCACCAGCUCCACCCCCACCACCAUCCUCACCCCCAGGUCUACGCCACAGACCAAAGCUUGGGCCUCUGUUGUGGGCUGCCCAGCACCAGCCUGUGCCACGCUUCUGUGCUGAGCAGCAGCCUGCAGUCUCUGGAGUGCCUGAUCAGUGAUCUCCACCCGCCCUGCAUCAAGGAGAGCAUGCUGGGGCGGGGCUACGAGGCGGUGGGGAUGCCAAGGCUAUUAGACCACAACCUACAGCACACCCAUGUCCAGCUGCCUGUGUUCAGAUAAGACAGGAUGUGUCCACACAGGGCACUCGGACUGAAAUAUUCUGUAAAACAGGAACUCCAUGGAUGCAGGUGUGUAAUUUUGAAGAGACCACCUCAGAAUGAGAAACGGCACCUUUUUAUUUAGCGUGUGUGUUGUAUUGGUACAGGGCUAUGUGGUUUGGAAUUGACCAAGUGUUGUAAACCUUAAAAGGGUAAUGAUAAUCAUGACUGACCUGCAGGGUCAUCUUAUUUGAUGUCUUCAUGUUUUCAUUUACGGAGGAUUUGUUGAUCAAUCAGAGAAUCAGUUCACAUCUGCCACAUUUGUUACUCAGAAUAAUGUGUUUUGAAGCUUGUUUUUUUUCUCAAUCUGUCCACUGUUGAAUUUUUAAACCAUUUCAGAAUGUUGUCAUUUGAAAUAAGGUGAAAAGGUGAUGCGCAGGCAAUCCUCCUAAUGCACUUUACAAAGUGAAAAAAAAUACAACUAGAAAAUGGUACAUACUUAGGGCAUACAAAGGCCCAACUCCAGGCCUCCAGGGGCAUACAAGGGCCCAACUCCAGGCCUCCAGGGGCAUACAAGGGCCCAACUCCAGGCCUCCAGGGGCAUACAAGGGCCCAACUCCAGGCCUCCAGGGGCAUACAAAGGCCCAACUCCAGGCCUCCAGGGGCAUACAAAGGCCCAACUCCAGGCCUCCAGGGGCAUACAAAGGCCCAACUCCAGGCCUCCAGGGGCAUACAAAGGCCCAACUCCAGGCCUCCAGGGGCAUACAAAGGCCCAACUCCAGGUCUCCAGGGGCAUACAAGGGCCCAACUCCAGGCCUCCAGGGGCAUACAAGGGCCCAACUCCAGGCCUCCAGGGGCAUACAAGGGCCCAACUCCAGGCCUCCAGGGGCAUACAAGGGCCCAACUCCAGGCCUCCAGACUGUCAGCUUGUUUUUAUUUAACCCUUAAUUUACCAAUAAAGGCCACUGAUUAUAAUGCACUGCUGUAAGAACGGCAAAAAUGGGUCGAUUUAGACAUGGGGAAAUGUGUCAGGGAACCGUUUUUUAUUUUCAAAAGAAACUUUAUCUUGAAUGUUUUUGUAUUUUUGUUAGGUUGUGCCUAUGUUGGCUGCUAAUGGAGGAUAAUGUCUUUAUAUAAUGAUUGACCUUUAUGUUUUUGUUGUCUUCUCUACAAUUAUGACUGUCUGUUACCACACUGUUGCUAGGCCCCAUGUCACAAGCAAGAGAUCUGCUAGCCAUCACGUUAAUGUUUGAUGGAAUGACAGAGUUAUCAUGUUUUACCUAAAACGGCACUGGGACUUUGGGGACGGGAUGUGUCAUUUGAUUCUCUGAUUGGUUCACAUUUUGCUCUUAGCUUUGGUUGACAUUCAUCAUUUAGGUCAUCAAAUACAAAAAUACUACCUUAAUCAACAGGAGUCCCUCCAAUAGUUUUCCGGAGACAGGAGAAAUGUGUUUUCAAACUGAAGGCAUGACUAUCAAAUUGAAGUAUUCCAUGGUAGAUCAUUGGUUUACAAAUGAGUCGAGUUUACUGGAGAGGUGUCCCUUACAGAUCACUGGAGAACAGGCAUUUCUUACAGUAUAAUUCACUGCUUUUCUGUCAAUGUUUUCUUUCUGAAAAUAAGAUGUAGUUUCUUUGUAGUGGUCUAUCUGAUGCCUGAGAAGUAUGGCUAUAUAAAGAAUCUCUUAUAUGUCUGCACUGUCAAAUAUGUUUUUUUUUCAACCAGUCAGUCAGGAUUCUGUUGGUUGACAAUGUACAUAAAUGACUCAAUGAUUAUGAAGUGCAAUUACAAUAUUUAACAGGUAUUUAACUCUACAAACAUGUUGAAAUGACUACAUUUACAUGAGUACAUGCAUAACCCUAGACUCCCAUACCCAUUCUCCUAUUCUUAAUUAAGAUUGUCAAAUAAAUAUUUUUUUCCUUCUAA